AUGGGUUUCUUCGGCAAGGGUAAUCUGAGUCGAAGUGAGCCUAGCUGGCUGGAGCGUGAAAAGAAACGCAGAGGGUUCUUGGGUGGUAACACUAGUGAGGAGGCUACAAGGAAACGCCGUACGGAACGUCGCGAGUUGAAGCUUGAACGUGCGAGGGUGGAAAAGUUGAUGAUCGAGGAAAGGCUCAAAGCCGAGGCUGCUGCUCGAGAGUCUGGCUCUGAAAUUCCAGAUCUAGAUGUUUUCACUGAUGGACAGCCUCCAUCAGCUGUGAUGACUGAAAGGUUCUCAGUCAAAAAGGCCAUGGAUGCUAAAUACCAAAGGCAGCAAGAAGAACGCCAUAAGAAACGAGAGCAAGAACGCCUUCAAAAUGGAGGCACUACUCCUACCACUGAUCAGUCUGAGCUUAACGGCAAAACUGUUCGAUUCUCUCCCACCGUCCAGCAGCAGGAAUCUCCUCCUUUGCCUAAGAAUGAUGCCGAGGAAGAAGAAGAUGACGAAGACAUCGUCCUUGAAAAUGAGGAGCAUCUUCAACUCUCCAACGAGGAGGCUUUCUUCCUGGUGUACACACUCGGUGCAUUGCAAGUGCUCGAUCGCGACACUAAUACCGUGAUUCCAACCUCCUCCCUAUUCCCACUCUUAUGCCACCAUUCCUAUUUUCCGCCACGCAUCACAUGCGACGAGGUGCAGUCCGACGACCCUUUCCUAAUCUCAUACGCUGUGUACCACCACUUCCGAUCUCUCGGAUGGGUCAUUCGCUCAGGCGUGAAAUUCGGAACGGAUUAUUUACUCUAUAAUCGCGGCCCCGUUUUCUCGCACGCCGAGUUCGCUGUCAUCGUUGUGCCUUCCUAUGAGCACCCUUACUGGACAGAGACCCAGGAGCGCCGCGACCACGUUGCACAAAAACAAGAUAGAAGCUGGUGGUGGCUGCACUGUGUCAACCGAGUUCAGGCUCAAGUAAGAAAGAGUCUCGUUAUUGUCUAUGUUCAAAUACCACCACCUUUAUCUUCAGUGGAUGACAUUGGUGGUGUCCUCGGUCGUUACAGAGUGCGAGAGUUCCUUCUUCGCCGAUGGCUCCCGAAUCGGAGUCGUGAUUAA